GCUUGUGGGUGAACUCAAGCUGAACUACUCCCCCCAUUCCAUUGUUGUUCCCAUCCUGUAGCUAGCUGCUCUUUCCUCGUCUAACCAAUAUGGCUGCCAAGCUUGGGCAUCUCGCCCGAGCCGCUGCAGCAAUACUCUGCCUGUUGAUUUUCCAUGUAGCACUGUCUGAUUCCCUUGCUAAGGCGAGUGUAUCAGGUGGGACUGGAACCUGCAUCAGCUGGGAGCGGGAUGCGCUUCUGUCCUUCAAGGCAGGCCUUCUCGACCCUGCUGGCCGUCUCUCGUCAUGGCAAGGUGAAGAUUGUUGCCAGUGGGAGGGAGUCCAGUGCAGCAGCAGAACAGGCCAAGUUGUCAGGCUCGACCUCCGCAACACCUACAAAGAUGGCAACAACAAGUACAACAGCCUGAACUUGUCGAGAGAUGAGAUGAGCUCUUCUUUGGCUGAUUUGCAACAGUUGAGGUAUCUUGAUCUGAGUGGGAAUAACUUCAGUCGCACAAGCAUACCUAUGUUUGUGGGCUCUCUGGAGAACCUAAGGUACCUCAACCUCUCAUGGUCAGGCUUUGGUGGGAGAAUACCUUACCAACUCGGCAAUCUCUCAAAUUUGCAAUAUCUUGAUGUUAGAGGGAAUAAUUACUAUUAUCUUGAUAGCAAUUAUUCCAACCUGUAUGUGGUGGAUCUUGCAUGGUUGAAGCAUCUCCCAUUGUUGAGUAAUCUUGACAUGAGCGGUGUGGACCUCAGUUCUGUGAGGGAUUGGUUCAACAUGGUUAACAUGCUUUCUUCUCUGAAAGUGCUUCGCUUAGAAGACUGUGGCCUUACCAGCACGGUGUCUGAUACUUCAAAAGCAAACCUCACACAUCUCGAAGUCCUUGAUCUGUCAGCCAACCUGUUUAACACAUCACUAGAACACAGUUGGUUUUGGGAUCUCACAAGCCUUAAGGAGCUUCACCUCUCCCAGGGCGAGUGGCAUGGACAUAUUCCUCAAGAACUAGGAAACAUGACGUCCCUUGAAGUCAUAGAUUUUAGUAAAACUGAUCUUCUGGGUUUGAUACCAAGUAACUUACAAAAGUUGUGCAAUCUGAAAGUGCUAAAUUUCGAAGAUGUCAACAUUAAUGCAAGCAUUGGGGAGUUUAUGGAUCGAUUUCCUAGGUGCUCAUGGACUACAUUACAAGUGUUGUCAUUAGCGAAUACAAAUUUGACAGGAAACCUACCAAUCUGGAUUGGGAACAUGACCAGUCUCAGUGAUCUUUUAGCCAGAGAAAACAUGAUAACUGGUGGUGUACCACUAGGAAUUGGAGCACUUGGUAACUUGACAGAUUUGGAUCUCGGCUACAAUAAACUUAAUGGUGUGGUCACGAAGGAUCAUUUUUCUGGCUUAUUGAGUUUAGAGUCUCUGGACUUUGAAGGCAACUCCUUGAAAAUUGAUAUUGAACCAAAUUGGGUUGCUCCUUUUAGACUAAAGAGAAUAAACUUACAGUCAUGUUCAGUGGGGCCCCGUUUUCCAGGGUGGCUUAGAUGGCAGACCGACAUGGAUUCUGUUCUUCUUGAUUAUACAAAUUUGGAUGAUGUUAUUCCUGAUUGGUUCUGGGUGACAUUUUCCCGAGCUCAGUACUUGUACGCACGAGGAAAUAUGUUGCGUGGUUCAUUACCGGCAAAUCUACAGCACAUGUCAGCUUUAGCUAUAGCCCUCGGGUCCAAUAACCUUACAGGUCAAGUUCCAUGGCUCCCUAUAAAUAUAUCAUUCUUGGAUUUGUCUUCAAACUCUUUCUCAGGGCUAUUGCCAGUAGAGCUAAAAGCUCCAUGGAUCAUGGAGUUGGAUCUGGCAAAUAAUAAAAUUACAGGCACUAUUCCAUCAUCUAUGUGCCAAUUGACUCGUCUGGUACGGUUGGAUCUAUCAGGGAACAGUUUGACAGGAGAUGUUAUGCAGUGCUGGAAGGAGUCAGAUAACAAUUCUUCAGUGUCCAGCUUAAUCUCUGCAGAUCAAUUUGGUUCCUCAAUGUAUAAUCUAGCUUUGAACAACAAUGAUCUCUCAGGUGAAUUCCCUAAAUUUCUUCAGAGGGCCUCACAAUUGAUGUUCCUGGAUCUUUCAUACAAUAGGUUAUUUGGAUCAUUGCCAAAGUGGUUACCAGAAAAAAUGCCACACUUGGAAAUCUUGAAGGUGAGAUCAAACAUGUUUAGUGGUCAUAUUCCUAAGAACCUUACUUGCCUUGAAAGUCUUCAUUAUUUGGACUUGGCCCAUAACAAUAUAUCAGGAGGCAUACCAUGGUCGCUAUCAAACUUGAAAGCAAUGAGGGGAGUGUCUAAGAAUGUGAUAGACUAUGUUUAUGUGCACAGCAUGUCAGUAAUCACAAAAGGCCAAACACGUGAAUAUAAAUUUCAAACCUACCAUCUACUGGUGUAUAUUGAUAUUUCAUGUAACAGUUUAACAGGACAUAUUCCAGAGGAGAUAAGUUUGCUCAUCAGGCUCACCAGUCUGAAUUUAUCAAGUAAUCAGUUGAUAGGCAAAAUCCCAAAUCAGAUUGGUGAUCUAAAGCAGUUGGAGUCCCUCGAUCUGUCCUACAACAAGUUUUCUGGUGAAAUCCCAUCGGGUUUGUCGGCUCUAACCUCUCUGAGUGACUUGAGCCUAUCACACAACAACUUAUCAGGCGCUAUCCCAUCCGGGCCGCAGCUGCAAGCUCUCGACAACCAGAUGAACAUCUACAUCGGCAACCCCCAUCUAUGUGGCUACCCUCUCUCCAAGAACUGCUCUGCUAGUACUAUUGAUGCAGAGCAAAGUGUCAACCAUGAAGAUGCAGAUCAUAUCGCGUAUCUCUACCUUGGGAUGGGCAUAGGAUUUGUGACCGGCCUUUGGGUUGUGUUCUGCACCAUGUUAUUGAGGAGAACCUGGGCGAUUGCCUACUUUCAGAUCAUUGACAAGCUGUAUGAUGAGGCUUAUGUGCGAGUUGCUAUAACUUGGGCUCACCUGAUGAAGAAAACCCAUGAUGACGCAACGUGAGGAGCCCGUAGCAGGUGCAGCUCAACUGCUCAAGACUUGUAUGUUAGUACUUUGUAAUUUGAAGACUAAGCACUACUAUGGUGUGUGUACUGCUACUACGUACUAGUUUCUGGUGCUAUUAUGAGUUACCUGUGAAGGGGUACUUAAUGUACUGUAGCACGGUAUAUUGUAUGGGCUGAUUGGAGCGGAAA